AUGGUCAGCUGCUCCCGGGCCCCUACGGGCGUCGCUCGGGUUGCCCUGACAACCCGGAGGGCGGGGGAGGAGGGGCAAGAAGGACGGCGGGAGGGAGGGACCAAAAGCCGCGAGGAAACGCGGGCGAGCACGAGGCCCGCGCGUCGCCGCCGGGACCCAGCGAGAGGGGCGGCCCCGUCGCCAGCUCUAGACUUUGCCCUUGCGGCCUGGUGGGGCGGUCGCGGCCUCCCUGGCGGCCCUUGCGCCCCCGCCGCGGCCUCUGCCUGCGCCUUUAGGGCGGGGCCUGCGGGCCCGCCGUCGCCGUCGCCAGGCGUCCGUCGGUCCUUCGGUCCGUGCGUCCGGCGAGCUCGGCCUGCCCGGUGGGGAAGGGCGGCCGGGCCUGGGCCUCCCUCCCGGGACUCGGGAGCCGCCGCUGCAGGUACUGAUGUAAUGGUGACCCUGAGGCAUGAAGAAAAAGUUAAAUUCAUGGUUUUAUUGACAAUCACUUAAUGUGCUAAGGG